AAUGCUAUAAAAUUGAAGUACGAUCUGAAACGAUUGGUCAAUAUGAAGUAUGCCUUUCUGAUGAAAACAAACCAAGAAGGCAGAGAAGUCUCUGAUUGUAAAUCGUUCCUGGAGCUAAUGAAUUUAGAAUGGAGUGAAAGAGUAACAAAGAUUGCCAGGACUAUCCUGCAGAAGAGAAAGUACAUAGAAAGCAAAGACUUGCCUUCACCUGAUGACAUUGAAAAGUUGACUAAAUAUCUUGUGUCACAAUUAGAGUCUAUGGAACUGAUCCCAGACAAUUACAUGAAAAUUAAUGCUCUGUGUCAAACACGCUUGAUGAUGUAUAACAAAAGGCGUUCAGGAGAACUUGAAGUAAUUAGUCUUCAGAGUUAUGCAGCCAGAAGAAAAGACCUGUCUGACAUUGACGAAUCUGUGGCAGCUGAUCUAACAAAAGUGGAGACAUACUUGCUAAAGUCUCAAGAGUUGAUGACAGUUCGAGGCAAGGGUGGAAGACCUGUACCUGUUAUUGUACCCCAAGAUGUGAAGGGUCCAUUAGACUUCAUUGCAUCAAAGAUGACCAGAAAAGCAGCUGGAAUAAGUGAAAGCAACAAGUACUUGUUUCCAAAUACUGCUCUCAAGUACAUUAGAGCAUAUGACAGCUUGAAGAUUGCAUGCGAUUCGUGCAAGCUGAAAUCGCCCCAGCGAAUAACAAGUGUGGCCAUGAGAAAAUAUACUGCUACCUUGUCACAGCUGAUGAAUCUUGAUAAGUACCAGAUGGACUGGCUGUGUCGUCACCUUGGCCAUACAAAACCUGUCCACAGAGAAGCAUACAGGCAAAUGUCUGGUUUGAUUGAGAGAGUCUAUGUUACCAAACUAAUGAUGGUGCAAGACUUGAAUUUAACCGGGCAGUUCAAGGGGCAGUCAUUAGAAGAUAUUGAUUUGAAAGAUAUUGUGUAUGGGGCAGAUGAGCAGCAGGAAGGAAGAAGAGUUGAUGAGACUUUAGACUCUGUUGAUGGUAUACAUGAAGACUCUGACUGUACUCAAGACAAACAGUCAGGAAAAAGAAACUUCAGUGCUAUUUCCUCAGAUGAAGAAGAAGAUAAAGUACAUGCACCAGAAAAAAAGAAAAGGAAAAAGAUGACAGCUCGUCAGAGAUGGACUGAUACUGAAGUUGAAGAGUUAAGGACUUAUUCUAAAACCUACCUUGACAGUGGAAUAACUCCUCGCAGACCUGCUUGUUUAAAAGCAAAAAAAAUGAGUCAGGAAAAGGGUGGUGAGAUUUGGAGAAGGGCAAAUCUGCACCUAAUUAUCAAGAAGAUCAGCAAUAUGAACCAUAAGUAAAACCACUGAGUUUAAUUAAACAUUGUUCAUAUUGCCAUAAGAAUUUGUCCUUUAGAAUAUUGUUGUAAUCUUAAAUACUUAUUGUUGGAUUUUCAUGGAAAUUACAUAUAGGUCAGUCAGCUUAACACAGUGUUUCUUUUUUUAAAUGACUGGUUAAAUAAGAUAGUACACUUCUGUUAGCCUAUUAAUUUAGGAAAAGCAUAGAGUUAUUAUAAUGGGAGAGAGAGUAUUACCAUGGAAUGUGUGCAUGGUACAUUGACAUUGUAAAUCUGAAUUUUGUAACCAUAAUUCAACCUUGUUCCUCAGAUUUUUUUGUUUACCCUUGUUUAUUCAUUGAUCUGAAGCCAUUUUCAUCUAGUGUUCUUUAUUUCUUUAGCCUGUUAAGGACUUGUUAGAAAAAAUAUAGGCUACCUAAAAACAUUUAUUUUUCAUUGCAAAUGUUGUUUUGUUCAUCAACAGUUAUUUUUCUCCAUCUUAUGAAUAAAGUUAUAAAGGAG